GAUCAGCGCAUAAAGCAAAAAGAGGAGAGAGAAAGGAGAAAGAAGUAGAGAGAGAAAGAAGAGAACCGUUUGAGAAUUUUAUAGACGUUAUCGGACUUCAAAUCCUCAAUUCGCCGGGAUUUGGGAACUGCGGUCGCGUCCGGAGGCUCGCUUAGUUAGGCUUCCUUUCUCUUUCUUCUUCUUUUCGGUUUCGAAUUUUCGCGAUUCGCGAUGGUGCAGCAAGGCUGAGGUUGAAUUCGAAGGUCGUCGCUGUGGAGUGAAGAAUUCGGCUGUGCUGUUUUUUUUUCCGACGAUGUUUACGCCGCAGAAGGUGUGGUCAGGUUGGUCCCUGACGCCAAACAAGAGUGGGGUUCGGGGCAGAACCGGGUCGGGUUCGGAUUUGGGUCCGAAUUCGGGAGAUGGGGCGAGCGCGAAGGAGAAAGGUAUCGUCGCGGUUGUUGAGAAUGGCGGGAACAACUUGGAUCGCGAGGUUUUGGUUGAGAGAGUUUCCAGCCUCGAGAAGGAGCUUUAUGAGUACCAAUUCAACAUGGGACUUCUUCUGAUUGAGAAAAAAGAGUGGACUUCUAAGUAUACUGAACAAAGUCAAGAUUUAGUAGAAGUGAAGGAUGCUCUGGAACGAGAAAAAGCUGCUCAUUUAAUUGCUCUAUCUGAGGCAGAGAAGCGAGAAGAGAAUCUGAGGAAGGCCUUGGGUGUAGAGAAAGAGUGUGUUCUUGAUCUUGAGAAGGCUCUGCGAGAGAUGCGAUCAGAAAAUGCAAAAAUUAAAUUUACAGCGGAGUCAAAGUUGGCUGAAGCAAAUGCUUUAGUGGCUAGCGUUGAAGAGAAAUCUUUAGAAGUAGAAGCCAAAUUACGUUCGGCUGAUGCCAAAUUUGCAGAAAUCAGCAGAAAGAAUUCAGAGUUUGAUAGGAAAUCACAAGACCUGGAAUCUCAAGAAUCUGCACUUCGAAGGGAUCGAUUAUCCUUCAUUGCAGAGUACUUAUUAUUGUUCAUUGUCUUUUUAGUUUAAAUAUUUUUCUGCUCUCUU